AAUUUCAAUCAAGCUUCCUCACUUCCCCACUUUGCUCACUAGCCGCCGCUGCACGCUCACAAUGCAAGCCCUUCACCGUUUUGCAUUCGCCACGCGCCGCGUCGCCGCGUCGCCGAGUCACGACAGUCUUCUUCCCCUAGCAUCUUCUAGAAUCAUCUCUUUCUCGACCGAUUCGCGCGACGGAGGAGGAGGCGCCUUCGAUGCGGAAUGGCAUACCACCACGUCGUGGUCGACGGGGCUCGCCGGUGACCACUUCAACGGUAAACCCUCGGAGUCCACGUCGAAGGUUCUGUCGGAGCUGCAGGACACGGAGGAUAGGGUGCGCGAACUGGAGGCGUCGAACCGCCGAGGGAAGGCGUUCGUGGACAGCUGGGGGAGACGCUUGAGGGAGACUAGCAUGCUGAUGAAGCAGAUUCAGGAGCCCGGCGCGCGAGGCUCGUAUCUCAAGGACUCCGAGAAGGCGGAGAUGUACCGGUUGCACAAGGAGAACCCCGAGGUCUACACUGUGGAGAAACUCGCUAAGGAUUACAGGAUCAUGCGGCAGAGGGUUCACGCCAUUCUGUGGCUAAAGGAGAUCGAGGAAGAGGAGGAGAAGAAACUCGGUCACCCUCUCGAUGAUUCCAUCGAGCUCUUGCUCGAUAGUUACCCCGAGUUUUUUAAUUCGCAUGAUAGGGAGUUUCAUGUUGCGUCUCUUCCGUAUAAGCCGGACUUCAAGGUUAUGCCGGAGGGGUGGGAUGGCAUUACCAAAGAUGUUGAUGAAGUGCACUACGAGAUUUCCAAGAAGGAGGAUGAGAUGCUGUAUCGAGAAUUUGUCGAGAAGAUGAAUUUCAACAAAAAGAAAAUGGCUGGAGAGGUCAAAUGCCACAAGUAUAGUAGACGACGUCCUUCAGAUGGGUGGACUUUUACGGUAGAGAAAUUGGGAUCCAGAGGAAAACGUGGAGGUGGUGGAGGCUGGAAAUUUGCAAGCAUAGCUGAUGGAUCAAGCCGACCACUGAAUGAGAUGGAGAAAAUGUAUGUGAGGCGAGAGACUCCACGCCGGCGACGCAGGAUCCUUCCUUGAUUACGUCGAGUUUCUGAAUUUUUUGUUAGCUGUUAAAAUUAGAUUCUGUAACCAAUGCAUUCACUCGUUUGGGAUGUGUGUAGUGUUAAUUUGUUGUCUCUUUUCUUUUUUUGGAUGAAUUGGCUUAUAUUUUAAUAAGCUGAGCCAACGCUGAUGCUUAUAAUGCAUUCUCCUAAUUUAAAUUCAUGAAA